AUGCUCCUACGGUUCGCAUCUCUGAAUCUUCAUCGUCAGCAAGUCUUCUGGGACCGCGUCACGGCACACUUCAUCAAGGUCUGUGGCCAUAUAACUCCAUCCUUACGCGAAUGGGCGGCUGUUGCUUUGUCAAGCAUCAUCAAACAAGCGUUCAAAGCAAAAACUGGGCUAUCAGAAGCGGAACAUCAGGCUAUCACACUGAAGACACUGCGCUUGAUGUGCUCUAUUCACCAGGCGGAUGUGCAAAGACGUCAGCUUGACUGUUUGAUGGCGCUUCUCCAAACGGACGGUGCUCAACUUGUACCCGAGAUGUGGCAACAUGUAAUUUUCAUAGUUGCUGCCGUCGUUGAUGAAGAGAACUGCUGUGACGAAGCUCUGGUACGGCAGGGAUACCUCGGCCUGAGACUUGUGGCUGCGGACUUUCUUCCGUCACUUCCGUUCGAGUGUAUCUCCGUGUUGGUGGAAGCAGUCGCGCGAUAUGGAAGGCAAACGGCUGAUCACAACAUUUCCUUGUCAGCUCUCACUCAGCUGUGGACAAUCUCUGACUUUGUCUUUCGAAAGAGCGAAGUUGUGGGUGCUGAUGCAUCUGAAAAGGUUUGGCUGGUGCUGUAUACGUGCCUAUCUGAACUGUGUGUUGAUGUUCGGCCGUCUGUCCGCAAAAGUGCCUGCCAAACUCUUCUUCAAACGGUGGCCUCCCACGGCCAUGCUUUGCGGAUUAGCACAUGGAAUCAUAUGAUAUGGCAGGUAGGAUGGAGCUCAAGUGAGAAGCUAUUGGGGCUGACAGUGGUCAAGGCGAGGACAGUUAUCGCAGAGGCUUUCGCGCUUGUAUCUGGCGUCCUUUCUUGA